AUGGCCGAGCUUCAGCGCGAAGGUAGGAAAUGGGAGUGGGCGAAGCUGUCUGAGGAGGAGGUGCAUGCGAGGCUCGCCGACUGCGACGCACCCCUUCGAGAUAAAGUGCCCGACACCGUCCGGGACGGGGACGCGGGCUCCGGCCUGCUAGCAAUGAGCGCGUUGCUCUGGGUUGUGAGGCGGUUCGAUCUCCUGACCGGCGCCCACCGUCGCAGUGUCACCAGCAUGGACAAGGUGUAUGUUACGGGGAUGAAGGGGCUGCGGACUGAGAUGGUAACCUUCAUCAAGAAGCAAGUCGCGCUCAUACGAUCGGGCCGAAACGUAGUUGCGGCCGACGCCUGUGACGACGACGGCGAGGAGGUUCCUUUGGCAUCCCAAGCAGUAGGUGUCGCCCCCACCGUCGCUGAUGCGAGUGGCACGUCGAUCGGAAAGCCGGGAGGCGGCGUCGACGAGGACGAAGCGGCGACAGGAAAGGGUGUGACCGGGACCGAUGAGAGGCAGCAGGAUGAGGUUGGCCAUGAGGAUGAUGAUCGGAUCCAUGAUCGUGAGGAGGAGGGGGGCUCGGAGGAGUCGACGUCGGAGUCGGAGUCGGGGUCGGAGGAGGAGCAGGAGGCUCAGGAUCAGGAGGAGCAGCAGGGGAAGCAGCACGAGGAGGAGCAGCUAGAGGGGGAGCUGGAGGUGGAGGUGGAGGACGUGGAAAUGGAGGAUUACGGGGCUGAAGGAGCGGAGGAAACUGGAGAGAGAGCGGCGGAGGUCGAGUACGAGAAGGGGGAGGGGAAGGGUGCAACAGCGGAGCUCCGAACGGAGAAAGAGGAGGUCGGCGUGGAGGCGGCUCACGGGGGGAGUGGGAUGGUCGUGGUCGGCGAUGGGACCGACGUUGUCGACCACGAUGCCGUUGGACAUGGGGAUAUCGCCGCGGCCACAAAGCAGACGGGCGUGGAAGUGCCUAUCGAUGUCACCGCAGAGAAGGCCGGGGGGGAGCGGUCUAGGAAGAAGAAGUCGGCGAGCGGUCAUCCCGGAUCCACCGCAGCUGGGCGGCAGGCGCGGCUGGACGUCGUCAAGCAGCUGAGAGGGGAGAAUAGGCGAUUGCGUGCCGACAAUGCACGCCUUGAACGGCAGCUCGGUGAGCAGACGGGGCGGGUCGACGCGUUGGCGGCGGACGUAGCUGGGCUCCUCGACAAGCUGAAAAAAUUGACCGCCCAGGUCGCCGAAACCGACCGGAAAUCGGUGGAGCACCUCAAAGAGGCCACGUCGACCAUGGGGACCACAAUCACCGAGGGCCUCACCGACAACAUGGACAGCGCAAUUCAAGCGGGCAAGUCCUUUGCCGAGCUAGCGAGGCUGAUGCUGCUGGAUCUCGACGACCCCGAAGGACGAAUGGCGGUCGCACGCGCGACCGCGGUGGACACUUUGGUCGAGCACGUGACGGCUGAGGUGGGUGAGGCGAGGAAGGGGUUGGAGGAGACGGUCAUUAAAUACAUCAGCGCUGCGCAGACCAACAUUGCCGCCGCCGUCUCUCCCCGCCUCGUCGUUCAGCAGCCGCCGCCGACCGCCCCAGCGCAGGCCUUGUCGGCCAAGUUCCUGAAGUCCUUCAAGGAGGAUGUGCUGAAGGCGGUGACGGAGACCACGCAGCAGUCCUUUCUCGCCUCCGGAUAG